AUGUUGAGCUUCCACAAGUCGUUCCCGGAUAUUGCUAACAGCUCGGGCGCCCAGGACUGGUUGACCUCGAUUCUCCCUCGGCGGUUGGUCUUCUCCCGCAAGCACACCAUUUUCGGCGGCUCCAUCUGGGUUACUCUCGGUUCCUACCUGACAGCAGGGGCGCGCAGUACAGGCUUCCUGUACGCCGGUCACGUUUUCACGGGCCUGGGUGUCGGCACUCUAUCGGCCACAGGGUGA